GUUUGCAUCGCUCUUUCGGUCAAAAGCCGAGCGCCCCAAGGCGAAGCCCAAAUCGCAGGCUUCAGCGCCCAACCGCCGAGGGACGGCGCCGGAGCCCAAUGCCAAGGAGCCUCUGAGCAAGAAGGCGCGAAAACGCAUGAAAGCCCAGCAGAAGCAAGAGCCGGCCUCCAAGAGCUCCAAUUCCUUCCAAAAGAAGAUCCCGGGCGAUGCGGACGCAGGCCAAAAAGCUGCGCCGAAGCGGCCGAAUUCCGUGCUGGGUGGCGCCGCCCAGCGCCUCAAGGGCUCGAGGUUCCGCUGCCUCAACGAGUCGCUCUACACCAUGACGGGCCAGGAAGCGCUGAAGAUGUUCACGAAUGACCCAUCUCUGGCCGAGGCCUACCAUGAGGGCUUCCGGGCCCAAGCGUCCAAGUGGCCUCGAAACCCGCUAGACGGGGUAAUCAGUUGGCUGAGGAAGGAGGUGCCCAAGGAGGCUGUGAUCGGCGACUUUGGCUGCGGCGAUGCGCGGCUCGCGCUUGAGCUGAGCAAGCGGAAGGUUCAUUCCUUCGACCUCGUCAAGAUCAACGAGAGGGUCACAGCCUGCAACCUGGCCCACGUGCCGCUGCCCGACGCGUCGCUGGACGUGGCCGUGUUUUGCCUGGCGCUGAUGGGUACAGAUUGGAUCAAGUUCGUGGAAGAGGCCAUGCAGUCGAGGGGGAGCAUGAGCCCUCCGAUAUCUUGUGCUUUGCCUCAGCCAUAA